AUGUCCAACCUCAGCAGGACAUCGUCGAACAACAAUGUCUCUUCCAUAUCUUCCACUGCACUGAUGCCCGCUGGCGUCGAGACCAGUGCAACUUCCCGGCCGCGCAACCGAAGAGCGCCCAAUAGCGCCGCAGACAGGAGCGCCUCAGCAUCUCACCUAGGCACAACCGCCACACCUACACAAAGUCGCGGCGCCAGCCCUUUGCCGUCUGCUCGUUUAAGCAGCAGCUCCAAGUUGGCCAACAGUGGCCGCUCAAGUCCUGGUAAUGCUUCUUUUGGAAAGGGUCUUUUGGAAGGCACUUGGACACCGAGUUGGACAUCGGUGCAGGACUUUGCCUCGUCGUUACUGUCGGGAGGGGAAAGUGGCUAUAACAGCGAUGCGUCACAACCCAACAGCAGGAGUGCGAGCAAGUCUCGCGCGAAGACUUCCGUGUGGAAGACGUUUGGUGGAGGUGGAAGCAACAAUAGCGCAGGCAGCAGGCAGCUACCCGAUAGUUGGGGUCCUGCACCACCCAAAAGGCCAUCCAGACCAAGGGCCGAGGACAUAGCUUCGGGUUCAGUUGAACAGAGGGAGGCAGCGCUCAAGGCUAUGAAGACUGCCAGCGUGCUCGAAAGUUAUGAUGGUGUCAAUGGAGGACUCGAUGUGGCAGGAAAGUACAAGAGGAGGAACUCGGACGAGGGUGCAUCGAGAAGUGUUAGCGAGCCUCCAACUGAGGAGCAAUUGGCCUACUUGCAUCAUGUUCAGCCAACCGAUACCUACGCCGGCGUGGUGCUUCGAUACAGAUGCCAAGAACAUGCCUUCCGAAAAACAAACGGACUCUGGUCCAGGGACAAUAUACAGGUGCGCAAACAUCUCAUGAUACCUGUGGACGCAUGCGAGAGCAAGGGACGGCCAUGCGAUCCCCCAAAUUUCUACAACAACCAGAAUGUGGAUCAUUUAGCGACGACGCCUCAGCCCGAGAGUUUCCUGCAGCGAAGCCCCGGUGAAGCAUCGCAACCGCAAGUUGUCCAUGACGAUUUCUUUGCCUCGCGCAACAGCCAGACACAAUCGCUGGGCGAAGAGGAACAACCCUGGACGCAUGUGAGAUGGGUAAAAUUAGACUCCGUUGAACAUCCGGUGGAGAUUGUGAGGGUGUCCAGGAAGUCAAUGGGGUUCUUUCCACCAAGGAGGAAGAAGAGCGUUCACACUGUUUCUGCCUUCUCUAGUCCCCGGCAGUCCACUGAAUUGUCGCGGGGGGCGUCAACCAUUUCAAACGAUCGGAUUUUGGAAAGUCCCGCGCGCAUAGCGGAUCGGCGGCAGAGUUCAUUGAGCAGCCGACCUAAUUUUGCAAGUCUGGGAGCCUCGCCAUCUACAGCGAGAAGUCGAGGCAACAGUGUUGGUCAAAAUGAUAACGUGCCUACGUGGAUGAGGCGCCCGGGAGGAGUAGGCACAAUGAGCAGGAGCAUCAACGCCCCUGGUCCAGCCAAGGAUUCCCUCAAUACGUGGGUCAACAAGCGUUUGCCAAAGGGGUUCUCAAUAGAUUCUUUGCCGUCAAUGUCUGUCAUGGGUUCCGAGUCAGCACACUGGGGUUUCACGAGCAAACCCGAAGACGAUGCGCCUACUGGGAUCGUGGAAAGUCCUUUCGAAGACGGUCGGGAUGCGGCUAUAGUCAACAACACGCAGGGUCUUGGGUUAGAGCAGGCCGCCGCAACGGUGGAAACAUGGCUGCGCAGCGCAUGGUCCAAACGCCCGACGACACCAAUGCUUGGUUCCAAAAAGCCUACGGAUGAACUUGAUCUCAUCGAGCUGACGGACACUAAUAGUGACGACGGAAGGCCGAGGACGCCCCUGCGCAUGCCAGAAGCGAACCCACUGAACUCGGGUUAUUUUGGCUCUACAGCUCGAGAUGAGGGAGAGGGCAAUGUUCGCGGACGGCCGAUUGGGCCAAAAGGGAAAAAGACUGACUGA